UUCCGCCGGGAUUCGACACUGCCUCCCCUCCGCUACUGCAGCCUGGUCGCGAGGAGCUGUACCAAUUCACUUAUUAUUAGCGAUAUCAGAAAUUAUAAACAAUUUGCCAUUUUCAACGCAGGGAAAAGUAAGUCGUUGGAUACCACCACCCUCUGCAAAAUGCAGGCCAUCAAAUGCGUCGUGGUGGGCGAUGGAGCGGUGGGAAAGACAUGUCUUCUCAUCAGCUAUACCACCAAUGCCUUCCCUGGAGAAUACAUCCCCACAGUGUUUGACAACUACUCUGCCAAUGUGAUGGUAGAUGGGAAACCAGUGAAUCUGGGACUGUGGGAUACUGCAGGACAGGAGGACUACGACAGGCUCAGACCACUGUCCUAUCCACAGACGGACGUGUUCCUGACAUGUUUCUCUCUGGUGAGCCCUGCCUCCUUUGAGAACGUCAGAGCUAAGUGGUACCCGGAAGUGCGUCACCACUGCCCCAACACCCCCAUCAUCCUGGUGGGAACGAAGCUGGACCUGAGGGACGACAAGGACACUAUUGAGAGGCUGAGGGACAAGAAGUUGUCCCCAAUCACCUACCCUCAGGGCCUGGCCAUGGCACGGGAGAUAGGUGCGGUGAAGUACCUGGAGUGCUCAGCCCUGACCCAGAGGGGGCUGAAGACCGUUUUUGACGAGGCCAUCCGGGCCGUCCUGUGCCCGCCGCCAAUCAAAAAGAGGCGCAAGAAGUGCACCCUCUUCUGAGAGAGUUGGGGCGAGGAGGAGGGGGUCUGCAAGAAAUAAAAACUGAAUCUACUGUUUUACAGAAAGUGUUGCUAAUCUAUCGCUGUCAGUGUCUCAAAUACUACCCUAGUCCCCCUUUAACACUGGCCAAAUGUAGUGCACUAUGUAGGGAAUGGGGUUGUUGUUUGUAAGGGAGCGGUAGUGCACUAUGUAGGGAAUAGGGUUGUUGUUUGUAAGGGAGUAGUAGUGCACUAUGUAGGGAAUAGGGUUGUUGUUUGUAAGGGAGCAGUAGUGCACUAUGUAGGGAAUAGGGUUGUUGUUUGUAAGGGAGUAGUAGUGCACUAUGUAGGGAAUAGGGUUGUUGUUUGUAAGGGAGUAGUAGUGCACUAUGUAGGGAAUAGGGUUGUUGUUUGUAAGGGAGUAGUAGUGCACUAUGUAGGUUGUUGACACAGUAGUGGGUAGAACUUGAAAGGGUGCGUCCCAAAUUGCAACUGAUUCCUUAAAUAGUGCACUUCUUUUGACCAGGACCCACAUAGGGAAUAGGGUGCAGUACUUUUUACCAGGGCCCACAUAGGGAAUAGGGUGCCAUUUGGGAAACAGACUAAGGCACAAUUAAUUGAACUCCUCUUUAGGACUUUUGCAUCCAUUCUGUGUGACCUAUGCCUUAAAUCAACUGGGUAAAUGGAAUGGGUCAGUGUCUCAGAGAGAGAGGUCAUUCUGGGUAAAUGGAAUGGGUCAAUGUCUCAGAGAGAGAGAGUCAUUCUGGGUAAAUGGAAUGGGUCAGUGUCUCAGAGAGAGAGAGAGGUCAUUCUGGGUAAAUGGAACGGGUCAGUGUCUCAGAGAGAGGUCAUUCUGGGUAAAUGGAACGGGUCAGUGUCUCAGAGAGAGAGAGAGGUCAUUCUGGGUAAAUGGAACGGGUCAGUGUCUCAGAGAGAGGUCAUUCUGGGUAAAUGGAAUGGGUCAGUGUCUCAGAGAGAGAGGUCAUUCUGGGUAAAUGGAAUGGGUCAGUGUCUCAGAGAGAGGCCAUUCUGGGUAAAUGGAAUGGGUCAGUGUCUCAGAGAGAGGCCAUUCUGGGUAAAUGGAACGGGUCAGUGUCUCAGAGAGAGGCCAUUCUGGGUAAAUGGAACAGGUCAGUGUCUCAGAGAGAGAGGUCAUUCUGGGUAUAUAGAAUGGGUCAGUGUCUCAGAGAGAGAGGUCAUUCUGCGUAAAUGGAACGGGUCAGUGUCUCAGAGAGAGAGGUCAUUCUGGGUAAAUGGAAUGGGUCAGUGUCUCAGAGAGAGGUCAUUCUGGGUAAAUGGAACGGGUCAGUGUCUCAGAGAGAGAGGUCAUUCUGGGUAAAUGGAACGGGUCAGUGUCUCAGAGAGAGGUCAUUCUGGGUAAAUGGAAUGGGUCAGUGUCUCAGAGAGAGGUCAUUCUGGGUAAAUGGAACGGGUCAGUGUCUCAGAGAGAGGUCAUUCUGGGUAAAUGGAAUGGGUCAGUGUCUCAGAGAGAGAGGUCAUUCUGGGUAAAUUGAACAGGUCAGUGUCUCAGAGAGAGAGGUCAUUCUGGGUAAAUUGAACGGGUCAGUGUCUCAGAGAGAGAGGCCAUUCUGGGUAAAUUGAACAGGUCAGUGUCUCAGAGAGAGGCCAUUCUGGGUAAAUUGAACAGGUCAGUGUCUCAGAGAGAGAGGUCAUUCUAGAGAUGGAGUUGGAGGAACAACCACAAUGGGUUGUAAAUCUGAUACUGUCCUGAUUAACUCAACUUCUUUCCUUUAUAAGACAAAAUACAGAACUCACACAGACACACACAGGUGUUUAUGUCUAUAACCCUGCAGUACUGUAGGACCAGGUGAUUGGUUUAUGUCUAUAACCAGUACAGUACUGUAGUACCAGGUGAUUGGUUUAUGUCUAUAACCAGUACAGUACUGUAGUACCAGGUGAUUGGUUUAUGUCUGUAACCAGUACAGUACUGUAGUACCAGGUGAUUGGUUUAUGUCUAUAACCAGUACAGUACUGUAGUACCAGGUGAUUGGUUUAUGUCUAUAACCAGUACAGUACUGUAGUACCAGGUGAUUGGUUUAUGUCUAUAACCAGUACAGUACUGUAGGACCAGGUGAUUGGUUUAUGUCUGUAACCAGUACAGUACUGUAGGACCAGGUGAUUGGUUUAUGUCUAUAACCAGUACAGUACUGUAGGACCAGGUGAUUGGUUUAUGUCUAUAACCAGUACAGUACUGUAGUACCAGGUGAUUGGUUUAUGUGCGAUAAGACCAGGUGAUUGGUUUAUGUCUAUAACCAGUACAGUACUGUAGUACCAGGUGAUUGGUUUAUGUCUAUAACCAGUACAGUACUGUAGUACCAGGUGAUUGGUUUAUGUCUAUAACCCUGCAGUACUGUAGUACCAGGUGAUUGGUUUAUGUCUAUAACCAGUACAGUACUGUAGGACCAGGUGAUUGGUUUAUGUCUAUAACCAGUACAGUACUGUAGGACCAGGUGAUUGGUUUAUGUCUAUAACCAGUACAGUACUGUAGGACCAGGUGAUUGGUUUAUGUCUAUAACCAGUACAGUACUGUAGGACCAGGUGAUUGGUUUAUGUCUAUAACCAGUACAGUACUGUAGUACCAGGUGAUUGGUUUAUGUCUGUAACCCUGCAGUACAGUACUGUAGGACCAGGCGAUUUUACUGGCCAGUUCAGGUCACAUGGUCAGGAACAACUCUUACCUAUAACAACUGGCCUCUGUGGCCAAUGUGGCAGAAGAUGAAUCCUCAAGAAAUGGGCCCAAAACAAAUGUGAUUUGUUUCCUUAAAACGUGUUAUUUUUAUUGAUUUUGUAUUUAUUUAUCGUUUUUUCAUGUCCUGCCAGUGCAAACCAAAACGUAGUCAUUGAUAAAAGCUCUCUGACAUCUAGAAAUCAAAUCAAACUUUGUCACAUGCGUCGAAUACAACAUGUGGACCUUACCGUGAAACGCUUACUGACAAGCCUUUAAUCAACAGUGCAGUUCAGGAAGAUAUUUACCAAUGCCCCUCUGUUAACGUUAAUGUGUCUACGGACAGGAACUCUCCUACAGUCGGGACCAGGGCCCGUAUUCACAAAGCCUCUCGGAGUAGGUGUGCUGAUCUACGAUCAGUUCUCCCUUGGCCCAUAUAAUCUUAUUCAUUAUAAUGUAAAAGACUAAACUGAUUCAAGAUCAGUACUCUUUAUCUCUGAGACUCUUGAGACAUACAGGUCCCAGGAAGGUAUCUUCCAGCCGGGAUGCCAGUUGGUACAGAACAACGAGACCUUGUUAUUUUCUUUGUUCCCUGCCUGCUUGGCAGUUAUUCAGCGUCAGUUUAACCGCUCCAUUUGAAACCCACUAAAGGGAAAUAGGUUGUCAAUGUGCCAAUAGUGAACACUGUUUUGUGGAACUAGCAUGUGAAAUCGUGAUGAGCUCUCUCUCUCUCGCUGCAGAACCCAGACUACUUAAGUAUGGGUGUGUCUCCAAUGGCGACCCUAUUACCUAUAUAUGUCUCUAUGUGCCCUGGUCCAAAGUAGUGCACUAUAUAGGAUAUAGGUUGCCAUUUGGGAUACAUCCUAUCUCCUGUAAAGGCUCCCAAGAGGACAUGCAGUCUUAAUAUGUUUUUUGCCUGUAUUUUUUACUCUCUCUGUGUGUGUGUGUGUGUGUGUGUGUGUGUGUGUGUGUGUGUGUGUGUGUGUGUGUGUGUGUGUGUGUGUGUGUGUGUGUGUGUGUGUGUGUGUGUGUGUGUGUGUGUGUGUGUGUGUGUGUGUGUGUGUGAGAGAGAGUGUAUAUAUUUUUUAAUUAUCCCCCAUCAUGCUUCUGUGAUUGUCUGAACUUUGAUUAAGGAACAACUCUAAACAACAAAGAUCAAGCAUUUAAACACAAAAGGAACUGUCUGUUUUUAAUACCUGCUAUAAUGUUUGCCAAAAUUAACAUCUUCAUUAAACAGGGAUUUUAAAAGGUAUUAAUAAAUAAACAUAUUUGAAAGUA